AUGUCCAAAAAACCCGUACCAUCGUCAAACCGUGGGGAACCGAUGAAACAGAUGAGCUUAAAAAGUUUCAUCUCCAAAAAGGACAAACCACCGAAUAGUGAAGAAUCGAGCACACCUACCGAGACAGAACUGCAAAUAAGUUCCACAACAUCCUGCGAACAAUUGAUUACAAACUCACCAAGCAUUUUUAAACCGAAAGUUCCCAUGGUUAAAAAAGCCAACACUGUCAUCAAUCUAGUUAACAGCGAUUCGGAUGAUUCGAACAGAACGCCAUCGAAACCACUGCGGGAAGAGGUGGUGGGAAGACGGCUUCCACCGCGAAACAUUUUCAAGGAGCACAUAGAAUCGCAGCAGAAAGCGACGAACGCGGACGGUUACGAUGAGUUUGAUUUUAUGGUGGAAAAGAGCAGUACUACAUUGAAACCAAUCAAUUACGAUCCGUUAGAGCUGAACCUCGCGACGGACAAGCGAUAUGUGGAGGCGACGAAGAAGCUGGAAGAGAAUCUUCACAAGCUGGCCGAGACGAAGAGUCCGGUUAAGUCCGGACCCAAGUUUGAGUAUAAGCAACAUAAAACGGGCCGCGCAUCGUUCGAGUUUAACAAACACAAUGUGUUCAGUGUGAACGAUGAAGACUUGGUGGACGGUGAUGAUGAUUUCGAAUGCAAGAAAACCACACAGUCUACCUCAACACCAAUAGGUGUUGUGCCGGUCCAUGCCGGUGGUAAACCGAGUACGACACUGGUAAAGCCAAACAAGGACACUUCCUCCGCACUGGAACGUUUGCUUAGUCCGGAUAAAGGACAGGGGUGUAUUCGUUUCGAACCAGCCUUGAACACCUAUCUGGAUGAGAUAACAAGCAGUGCGAGCUUCAAUGCAAAAGCAUCACAAGAACGUGACAUUCGAAAGAGUGUACAUUUUCUCGAGACAUCACUGCUGGGAUUGUUGAACCACUUUUACGAACUGUUCGCAAAGGUACCGAGUGAAAUCUUUCGGCGUAUAGAUAAAAGCUUUGACGUAGCUGGUUAUGAACGGUUAAAAUCAACCAUCGAUACGGUACGAGGAAAGAAAAACGUGUACAAUCGAGUACUCGAGUCGAGCAAGCAACGGUUGUCCCAAACGAAACUGUUGAAUAGUUCCACUGCCUCGGAAUGCGCUCUAGCGAGAACAAAAUCAAGUACGCCUGUUACGGCAGUGCCAAUCGUGUAUGAGCUACCGUUUGAGGAUCAAAACUCGAUUGAUUGUAUGGAUGUUAUUGAAAGCACACUGCCCCUACCGGAAGCUAGUCGUAAAUAUAGUCUAUCACCGGCAACAUCGAGGUUUGAAGAACUGGAGAAGGAAUUUGGAUUGAAAAAAAUGGAAGAAACAACCAACAGUUCAUUCAAAGCGACUGAUACAUCCCAAGGAGCAGUUGGAAUUACAAAAACUGCCAGCAGUGGAGCUACAUUUGUGUUCAAAAAGCCAAUCGCCAGCACGCUGUUGAACAAUCUGGACGUUACACCAAGUACUGAUCUGACAAAAAAGAUCACCGAGGAGAAAGGCAAAUCGGUUUCAUCACCCUUCCAAACAAACGACUUCCUGGAGGAAGAUGAUCAGGUGGAUGACGAAGACAUUCUUAACAGCAUCCGGGAGGAAGAACUUAAAGACCAAGGACGAUUGUUCCAAACGAAUCUUAGCACCGUCAAUCUAGUAUCCCCGGACACGUCGUUACGACGGUCCGAUCCUCCACGGAUAACAUUUCCGGUAGAACCGAAUCCUUCCGCAGUCCCAGCGCGCAAUACACAGUUUAUAGAGCACGUCAACACGCAGCUCGAUGACGACGGGUGGCAGGUGUACGAUCCAUCGAUGUACGACGAUUCAUUGGAAGAAUUGACUGCGCCACCCACCACGAACCCGCUACCCAGCUCCGGGUCUUCAUCGUCGGGCAUGCUGGCCACAAGUACGGACAUUGGUCGGUUUCACGAGGGUAUACGAAACGAUGGCAUAACGGGCGAGUUCGACGGUAUGGCUUAUCCGCACUCGUCGCGCCUGCAGGUCGCGUUCAAGGAAACGUUCGGUUUGCGGACGUUUCGACCGAACCAGCUGCAGGUCAUCAACGCCACACUUCUCGGCAUCGACUGUUUUGUGCUGAUGCCGACCGGUGGCGGAAAGUCGCUCUGCUACCAGCUGCCAGCAAUUCUGACCGUCGGGCUCACGAUCGUGGUUAGCCCGCUGAAGUCGCUCAUACUCGAUCAAGUGCAAAAGUUGAACUCACUCGACAUUGCGGCCGGCCAUCUGUCUGGGGAGGCGAAAGUUGAGGACGUGCAGCGCAUCUAUGACGAUCUGUACAGCAGCUGCCCGGAGCUGAAGCUGCUCUACGUGACACCAGAGAAAAUAAGCUCCUCGGCCAAAUUCCAGAACCUGCUUACCGCGCUCCAUCGGCGCGGGCUGCUCGGCCGGAUUGUGAUCGAUGAGGCGCACUGUGUAUCUGCCUGGGGUCACGAUUUUCGACCCGACUACAAAAAACUUUCCGUUCUGCGGGAACAGUUUCCCACCGUACCGAUCAUCGCCCUGACGGCGACGGCCAACCCGCGCGUACGGAUGGACAUUCUUACCCAGCUGAAGUUGGCCCGUGACACGCGUUGGUUUUUGUGCAGCUUCAAUCGUCCCAACCUCAAAUACCUGGUGCUGCCGAAGAAGGGUGUCUCCACGAAGGCGGAAAUGAUCGAGCUGAUACGGAAGCGGUUUCCGCGCGACACCGGUAUCGUGUACUGCCUGUCGAAGAAGGAGUGCGACCAGCUGGCGGACGAGUUCCGGAGGGCAGGCAUUAAGGCAAAAAGCUACCACGCUGGGUUGUCCGAUAGUGUGCGGGAAACGACCCAGAAGGAGUGGAUCGGCGAUCGUAUAAAGGUGGUGUGCGCCACGAUCGCUUUCGGUAUGGGUAUCGACAAGCCGGAUGUACGGUACGUGCUGCAUUACUGUAUGCCAAAGUCCAUCGAGGGAUAUUACCAGGAAUCGGGCCGUGCCGGACGGGACGGUGAAAUUGCUACCUGCAUUAUGUACUACAACUACUCGGACAUGCUGCGCUAUCGGAAAAUGAUGGACAAUGAUACGACCAUUUCGCUCGAAGCGAAACAGAUCCAUAUGAACAAUCUAUUCCGGAUGGUGAACUACUGCGAAAAUGUGACCGACUGUCGGCGGACGCAGCAGCUCGAAUACUUUGCCGAAUACUUCACCAGCGAGCAAUGCCUUUCGAACCGGGAGACCGCAUGCGACAACUGUCUGAUGCAGGGCAACUACAAGAUGCUCAAUGCAACCGAAGACUGCAUCAUGAUAGCGAAAGCGGUCCGCGAUCUUUGCGGUGGCCGCAACCGGUUCACCCUGCUGCAUAUGGUAGAAGUGUUGAAAGGGAGCGAAAAUAAGAAGGUGCUCGAAAACGGACACAAUCGUACGGCUUACCACGGCAAGCUGAAGAAUUGGGACCGGUGUGACAUACAGCGGCUGUUGCGCAAGCUCGUCAUCGAUGAGUACCUGAAGGAAGAUCUCAUCUUUAGCAAUGACAUACCCCAGGCCUAUCUGCGUUUGGGAGGCAAAAUCGAAACGCUCGUAAACCGGCGUGUCCGCAUUGAAUUCUCGAUCAAGGAAAAGCUGACGGGUCGUGGCAAGCUACCCAAGCAGGAUGUGCCGGCUGCAUCGGCACAGGAAUCGUCCAAGAUCAGCCUGCAGUUAAAGGAUCUGCAGAACCGGUGCUACUACGAUCUGCUGGAAAUUUGUCGCUCGAUUGCAAUGCAAAAGAACGCAACGCUGGCAUCGAUCAUGAAUAUUCAGGCACUGAAGGCGAUGUCGGAAAAGUUGCCCGAAUCGUCCGGCGAAAUGCUAACGCUGCCGCACGUUACCAAGGCUAACUUUGAAAAGUAUGGCAAACAUUUGCUCGAAAUAACGCAAAACUAUGCCGCCGAGAAGCUGAUGUUGAUGAUGGACACGCAGGACCAGGAGGAAGCGGUAGCUGUUGGAAGUGGAACGGACGAUAGCGACGGUAGUGUGUUGGGCGAUGACGAUGGUACCGAUUGGGGCAUGUUGGCAAGGACAGCAUCCCAGAGCGGUAGUACGGGUGGUAGAGGUGGCUACAAACGGCGAAGCAGCUGGGGUGCGGGAGGAGCAAAGGCGAAAAAGUUCCGGAAAACAACCACACGCCGAAAGGGUGGGACUACGACGAGAGGACGAGGAGGAGCGGCAACGGGUGCGGGCACCAGUGGACGAGGCGCAAAACGCACAGGAGCAGCAGCAUCGACCAAACGCGGGGGCAAAACCAAUUCCCUUCCGCCUCCAAAGGGUGGUGGUGGUGGAAGUCUUGGGUUGCUUCCAAUGCCAGGCGGAUUCUAG